AUUAGUUUAUAUUAUUUUUGACUACUAUAUGUAUUGUUUUUGAGUCCUUGUAAUAAAAACAGUUGAGUUGAGGUUUGAUAUAUAAAAGCACAUAAAGAGGAGUUUCUUCCAUAAAAGCACAUACCAACGACAAACUAUAUUCAUAUAUAUUUGCGGCUAUGCCUAUAUCACUCGCAGACGUUUUGAAGAAACUCUGUGACACUACUGGCUUCAGUUGGUGGAAGGCGGACAACAUAUGGUUGUCAUUGGAAAAAUUGAAGGUACUUUAUGUAAUGAAUCAACCGGUUGAGGAGCUUUGGCACUACAAUUGUCCUUCUGAAUCAUUUUGUGAGUUGGAAAAUCUUACUUUGAGAAACAACAAAAAGUUAUUGAGUGUCUUCUCCCCCGCCAUGAUAGUAAGAUUCAACAAGCUAAAAAAAUUGACUUUGGAAAAAUGUGAAUUAUUGGCCGAGGUAUUUAUCCUUGAAGGUGACAAACCAAAUCAUGAUAACCAAGAAAUGCUUCCUCAACUAAGGGUGUUAGCAAUGAGUAACCUAAGUAAAUUGACAUGUUUCUGGAACAAGGAACCUCAAGUUCCAUUUUUCCUUAAUUUGGUUUCACUUUUCAUUAUUCAUUGUCAUUGCCUCAAAAGCUUAUUCUCACUUUCUCAGGCCCAAAAUCUUAAAAAACUCAAAAUACUCAGAUUGUGUAAUUGUGAGAAAGUAGAAGAGGUAAUAUCUAGUGAUAAAGGUGAAAAGGUGGCUACCAUUUUCCCUAAAAUGAAAUGUCUUGUGCUCAAGGAUCUUCCAAAGCUUGUCAACUUUUGUCAGGAAGGAGGAUGUUUUAAUUGGCCUAACUUACAAACAGUGAGGGUGAACAAUAUUCCAAGUAUAAAAACAUUUUUGAGAGAUGAUCUUAAUACACCAUUGUUGAAAUCAGUGUAUAUAACAUUUGCUAAGAAACUUUGGCUUGGAAAUUUGAACAAGACCAUAUCAUAUAUGCACAACAAUCCAGGUGUGUAAAUUUUAAUGUUAUAUGCCAAAAAUUAAAAACUUGUAACAUAAUAGUGUUACUUUUACAACUUGUUUUAUAUACAUGAUACAUAUCAUUUUUUUCCUAAAA